AUGUUGAGGUACCUCCGUCUACUGACGGACUCGUUCACCGACCGAUAUCGUCAAUACUUGCCCCUGCCAACAAGCACACCGCGCGGCAGUGUCAGCACACAAGGCAGCCAUAGCAGCAGCUCGUCACCAUCCGAUCCGCCAUCCUCACCCGUGACAGCCAGUCCGUCGAAAGGCUUUGGCAAGAAGUCUGGGCCUCGACGUAGAUCCCUCUCAUGGCACAUCAAAUUCCUGAUACUGCUCGUAGCUCUUGCCUAUGCAUUACACACGGCAGUCCGACACUUUUUCUUCCCACCGCCAGCCUCGGCAGAAGAAGCACGAGCAGAAGCACUCUCCCUUCUCAGUAAGCAGCUUGCAUCCCCAUCCUACCCGCAGACUCCUUUCGCCGACUCGCAAGGGCUUGAUGCACAAACCCCGGCCGCAGAAUCAGUACACCGCCUGUUCGAGGACCGCUCACCCGGAGUCGCAUCACGUGAUGUCCUGCCCAUCAGAGCAUACGAUGCCCUGAGCGACACAUGUAUCGAAGAAUGGGUGGUUCAACACCGUUGGGGCGACGCAUGUAGAGGUACCGACUUGAGUCAAGGGCUCAAAUUCGACGCCGUCUGGGCUUGGGUCAACGGAAGCGACCCUGCUCAGAUCUUGGCUAGACACAUCUACAGACCCUCUUCGCCCAUCAACGUCGAUGCAGCCCACCGUUAUGCUGAUCACAAUGAGCUGCUCUACUCGAUGCGAUCUGCCUACCAUUCCUUUGGUGCCCAAGCCAUUGGCAAGAUGCAUAUCAUGGCCUCUGCCUACCCUCUUCCCGAACAAACCCUAGCAGCUUUGCCAAACCACGGCCGAAAAAGCAGCGGCGAGGAGUCAAUCAUCAUGGCCGGUCAAGUACCUUACUGGCUCAACGCCUCGCUCCACGGAACCGAAGCUAAGAUUGACUUGCAUCACGACGCCGAGUACUUCCGACCCAUGCAACUUUCUGAUGAGAAGAAGCAGCUCUCGUCAGCUGAUGCUGAUCAAUGGCGCCAACAGACCAUUCCUAGCUUCAACAGUCUUGCAGUCGAGUCUCAACUCUUCAACCUGCCUCGUGCAUCAUCCGACCAGCUUCUCUAUCUGAACGAUGACUUUUUCACCAUGGUCCCCAACUCUGUCUCGGACCUCACCUCUCCACUCUUCGGCACUGUCAUCAAGAGCGACACUCGCUUCUUCUCCUUCUAUCGCCCUUCAGAACACCCUUUCCAGCGCCUUUGGAACCCUGCAGGUGAAGAAGUCGGAAUCAAGCGUGCAGCUUGGAUCCUGGGCCAGCGCUUCCCCAUGCGUACUCUGCCGUACAUCACACACCAUCCGCGAUCUUUGUCUCUGCCUUUAUUGAAGGAGGCUGCACAGACUUUCCCAGAAGCAUUCUCGAACACGACACUGGCCAGAUUCCGGGCGCAAAAGGAGGUGCCGACUUCGAUCCAGGCUUUCUUCUUGGCUAGUUGGUACAUCAUCGAGAGACACCGAGAGGCUUUGUUGUGGUCUUGGAUUGUGGCAAAGUGGGGUGGUAUCGGAGGCAAGCUUUCGAGCAAGACAAAACAGGCCAUGUGGGAGGAGCUUUCCGGCUCACGUGGGCUUGAAGAUCUCGAGGUAACAAGGCCGGUUCGCAAGUCGCGAGACGAAGACAAGGAAGCCUUCGAAGCAGCAGGUGUUCCAGCUCCCAAGAACACCGAGUACUCGUUCUCGUCUCAAGAUGGCCACGCACUAUCCUACCUUGAUUGGAGUUGGCCUUGGCAGUGCACACGCAACGGUUAUCCUGAUCUUAGCGAGGCUACCACACAAAAGCGCAACCACGCUCGAUCCUGGUUGCCCUCUUCCAGCAACGAGUCGCCAAAAGUCUGCAGCUUGUCCUACAGCAAGUGUUUUGCUCCGCAGAAGGACGAAGAGAGUGCAGAUGCAUUCUUCAAACGCAUUGCCUUCGCACCUUCCACUUCGGCCAAGUGUGGAGACUGCAUCGUUGCAGCACUUCUCAAAGUAUCGGGUCGAUCAGGUAUCUCGGCUUUCCUUCCUCCCUCGACGGCCACUUUGCGCGUCCCCGCCGACUUUGACAGCCUCGGCUCCCGUGCUCACCUUCCUCUCACAGAGCAGUGGAGAGAGACAGACUUUUCGCUCUCUUCCAUCCUUGCUCAACCUCAGGGAACAAAAGAGAUUUCUCUUAGGACGUGGUGUACAAGACUCAUCCAGCGAUACCAGUACGUCCUCGGCUCGACUCCGUCCACCUUCUACAAGGUGGAAUACGCGUCUCGUCUCCCUGGACAGCUAGAAGCUGUCGACAAGACCCUAGACACAAAGAAGCCAACCACAUACGUCUGUCUCAACGACGAUAUCAAGGAAUCAGAAGAAGGUACGAAGAACGUGAACCAAAUCAUGAAGGAUUGGUUCGCUUCGCAUUGGUCGAAGAAGCUUCCUGGAGAACUCUAA